UUUUUUUUUUUAAAUAAUAAUUUAAUUCUGCUAAAUUUUAAUCUUAAACAUUCUUGUCUGUAUAGGUCGGGGUGUUUUGGGGGGCGUUGGGCAAACGGGGAGAAUUGGGUGAGAAUUAGGAAGCUGCAAUCCAAUCAAUUUUCCUGUCCAUCUGAAGGCGCCACCAUUCAUCAAUCUUUCAAAUGCCACACCUUCAUUUGAGAUUGUCUGCUUUGCACCCGCCUCUCAUUCCAGACAUCCUUUUACGCCCCCAUUUUGAUGCGGUAUUGGGAUGCGCAGAUUAUCAAUCAAACAUGAUGCAAUCUAAUCUUCACAAGUCCCUUUGCAAGAUCAUGUCUCCAUCAUCUGUCUUUAUUCGUUCAUGCAGUGGUGUUCCUUCUCUGACAGCAGUGCCAAUUAGUACUGAUGCUGGAGAGACAUCAGAAGUUGGCAAGCAUUACCAAUUGGACUUUAGGACAGAUUUUCCUGAGAAAACUCUGAACAACGAGGUUCAAUUAGAGGAUUAUUUUGGGUCUGACAUGUCUUACAGGGAAAUUCAAAAAAGAAGAAAGAUAGGCCUAGCAAACAAAGGGAGAGUCCCGUGGAAUAAAGGCAGAACUCAUGGUGCUGAUCUUAUUAUGCAUGUAGAGACUUGUGAACUGAUAAAACUGAGAACAAUAGAAGCGUUGAAAGACCCUAAGGUUAGAAAAAAGAUGUCUGAAUUCUCCUAUGCACAUAGUGAACAGAGCGAGGCGAGGAUACAGUCUUCGCUAAGACGUAUUUGGGGACAGCGUUUGAAGUGGAAGUGGUUAAGGGAGAGGCUCUAUUUUUCAUGGAUGGAAAGUAUUGCAGAUGCAGCCAAGAAAGGGGGAACUGAUCAACAAGAGCUAGAGUGGGAUAGCUAUGAUAAAUUAAAAGAGGAGAUGGCUGUCCAACAGCUUCAGUGGGUUGCAGACAAGGCAAAGGAAAUGGCUGAGCAGAGAGCGGGGACAAGAGUGCAAGCAAGAGCAAAAAAGCUGGCAAAACUUCAUUAGAAAAUAAAAGAGCGGGAGCAGAAGGCAAUGGCAAGAAGAGAAACAAAGAUAGGCACGCAGGAAAUUGAAGGAAGAAAUAGAAGAGCCAGUUGUAGAAGGGUUAGAACUCGAGGCAAAACUAACAAGGUACAAAGUGUCAAAGUAUUGUGUGAAUGGCCGAAUGGUUUGGCCUUGAGUUUUGUAUAUUAUAUAUAGACUUUACAAGAAUGCUAUACUAAGUUCUAGCAUGAUUCUAGCCCUAUACAUGUAAACUAUAAUCUGUUAAGCCCUA